AUGGAAAACCUGCUGAGCAAGUUGCUGCUAGCAUGUUGCUUAUUCAGCCUGAGCGCGUUAGGAGGCGCUGUGGAGGCAGAGCAGGCCUUGAUGAGGAAAGUCUUCACUGAUUACAACCUGAAGGUCCGGCCGGCUCGCAAACCCGAAGAGAGGGUGGUGGUCCGCGUGGGGAUGAUCCUCUCCUCCUUCGUUGGGCUGAAUAUGAAAAAUGAGGAAAUGAGCACCGUUGUUGUCAUGAAUCUGGAGUGGACGGAUUAUCGGCUCAACUGGAAACCCAAGCAGCACGAUGGCAUUGAGGUGCUGCGCGUCCCGUCUGGGAAGGUGUGGCUUCCUGACAUCGUUCUCAUCAAUAAUAAUGACGGCGUGUUCGACGUUGCCCUUCAGGUCCACGUUCAGGUUUACAGUAACGGCAGGGUAACAUGGACGCCCCCCGCUCUCUACUGCAGCUCCUGUGGAGUCAAGGUUACAUAUUUCCCGUUUGACUGGCAGAACUGCACCAUGCAGUUUCGCUCUUACACGUACGAUUCGACGGAGAUUGACCUGCAGUAUGCGAGAGACUCGAAAGGCAAGGAGAUCAAGGAGAUCCAGUUGGAUCCAGUUGGCUUCAGUGAGAGCAGCGAGUGGUACAUCAGACACAAGCCAAGCAGGAAGAACAUGAACGACGACACGUACGAGGAAAUGACUUUCUACCUGAUCAUAGAGAGAAAACCUCUCUACUACAUCAUCAACAUCAUCAUUCCCUGCAUCCUCAUCACAAUCAUUGCCAUUUUCAACUUCUACCUGCCUCCCGAUGCAGGAGAGAAGAUGGGUCUGUCCAUCAACGUGCUGCUCACCCUGACUGUGUUCCUGCUGCUGCUGGCCGAUAAGAUCCCAGAGACCUCGCUGGGCGUCCCCAUCAUCGUCAACUACAUCAUGUUCACCAUGAUCUUGGUCACCUGCUCCGUCAUCCUGAGUGUGGUCGUCCUCAACCUGCACCACCGCUCCCCCAACACCCACAUGAUGCCCAUGUGGAUACGCAAGAUCUUCAUCCACAUGCUGCCUCCUUACCUCUAUAUGAUGCGUCCCAAAGUGGAGACGCCGCUUUCCCUCGAGAUGAUUCCCCGCCGGGAGAAGCAAAUGGUGAUGACCAUCAGCAAAGCUGACGAGUAUUUCAUCCGCAAACCGGACUUGUCCAUCCUGUUCCCCAAGCCCAACAGGUUCCAGCCAGAGGGACUUUGCACUGAUUUAAAGAAGUUCAUUGACGGCCCGAGCUCCUACCUCACUCUGCCUGACGAGCUCAAGUCGGCCAUCGACGCCAUCACGUACAUCGCUGAGGCUCUGCAGGCUGAGAAAGACUACGAAGCGCUGAAAGAGGACUGGCAGUUCGUGGCCAUGGUGGUGGACCGCAUGUUCCUCUGGAUCUUCGUCGUCUUCACCACUGUGGGCACUCUGGCCAUUUUUGCCGACGCCAGUUUCAAUCACACGCCCACAGAUCCCUUCAAAUUAGCUUGAAACGGUUUGGUGUUCCUUCAGGAAAAUGGAGAGUAUUCUCCCACUAGCGUCAACAGGAAAAUAUAAGUAGUGUUGGCCCGAACUUGGUAAUCCCUUGCUGUCGGUUAUUGCUUGGACUGUAGCAACCCGUCUAAAUAUAGCAUAAUCCAUAAUACAUAUUAUGCUAUGAUGUGACUUUGGUGUUUUUAAAGCAUUUUAGCUGCAGAUAUGUCAACAUGCUGUUAACACAUAAACACCAUGAUAAAGCAGCUGCUGUAAUAGACUGGCUAGUUGCCUUUGAGAGAGUGUGGCACAUGCCUGGGGGAUAUUUCUGCAGCCAAAGUAAUCCUAUUUGUGCUUUAGACACUGGUGUAUAGGCUAAUCUUGUGUCGGAGUCCAGAACAUCAGUGUCCUCCGUGUCUCACUUUGUCAGGGGACACGAGGACGCCACAUGUCCUUUAUGGUACAUACAUAGCUGCAACUGUGCUUUUGUUUUUGUCAUUUCAAUAAAGAUCUGAGGGGAGGAUAUA